UAUAAUGCCAUGCGUCAUUGUCUAUACUUUGCUGAGUUGUCCUGCGUGAUUUUUCCAUAUACAGUGGUUUGUCGAUCGCUUGCCCUCCUUAACCUUACCUCUCAUUCUCUCGCUCGUUGUGUGAACUGUGAAGUCAUGGAAAUCUUGAAGGAAAACAAAGAAGAAGAAAUUCAUGUGCUAAUGGUGGCAUUCCCAUCUCAGGGUCACUUAAACCCCAUGCUUAGACUAGGAAAAUGCUUAGUCAAUAAAGGUCUCCAUGUCACACUGGCCACCACUGAAUUCACCCGUCACCGCAUGCUCAAAUCUUCCACCAUCAACCCCACCUCCUCCACCAUCUCAAUCUCUGGAGUCCAGGUUCGCUUCUUCUCUGAUGGUCAAAGCCUAAACUACGACCGCAUGGUUAAUUACGAAUCGUACAAGAAGAGUUUAGCCAAAUUUGGAACCAUCAAUCUCUCAAACCUUAUAAAGGAGCAUUUCCCCAGUAAUGGUCACAAAAAGCUCUCUUGCAUCAUCAACAAUCCAUUUGUUACCUGGGUAGCUGAUGUUGCCAUCAAUCAUGGAAUUCCCUGUGCCAUGUUUUGGAUACAGCCAUGUUCACUUUAUGCCAUUUAUUAUCGCUUUUACAAUAAGCUAAACUCAUUUCCUACUUUAACAGAUCCUGAAAUGAGUGUUGAGUUGCCAGGCUUGCCACUGUUGAAUACGGAAGAUUUACCUUCUUUUGUUCUUCCUUCAAAUCCAUAUGGUAUCUUUCCUAAAUUGUUCUCAGAGAUGUUCCAGAACAUGAAGAUGUAUAAAUGGGUUCUUGGGAACUCAUUCUUUGGGCUUGAGAAAGAUGCUAUUGAGUCCAUGGCUGAUCUCUGCCCUAUUAGUCCCAUUGGUCCUCUAGUUCCUCCAUCACUUCUUGGUGAAGAUGAAGAUCACGAUACGGGUGUCGAGAUGUGGAAAGCAGAAGAUACUUGCAUUGAAUGGUUAAACAAGGGAGCCCCUUCUUCAGUUAUAUACGUAUCUUUUGGAAGCCUUGUUGUCUUAUCAGCCAAACAAAUGGAGUGCAUGGCGAAAGCCCUGAAGAACAGUAACAGUCCAUUUAUUUGGGCGGUUAAGAAACCAGACUUACAAGAACCUGAUGGUGCAGGACAAUUGCCGUUAGGAUUCUUGGAGGAGACGAAAGACCAAGGGGUGGUUGUAUCAUGGUCUCCACAAACCAAAGUUUUAGCCCACCCAGCUAUUGCGUGUUUUAUAACUCAUUGUGGAUGGAAUUCUAUGUUAGAAACAAUUGCUGCGGGCGUGCCGGUGAUUGCAUACCCCAAGUGGAGCGACCAGCCAACAAGUGCAAAACUUAUUGUUGAUGUUUUUCGCAUUGGUCUAAGGCUUAGAGCAAAUCAAGAUGGGAUUGUUAGCACUGAGGAAGUUGAAAGAUGUAUUAGAGAGAUCAUGGACGGACCAAAGUCUGUGGAGCUUAAAUCCAAUGCAAGGGAAUUGAGGAUCGCGGCUAGAAAGGCAGUUGCCGGUGGUGGCUCGUCGGACAAGAAUACCCAGUUGUUUGUAGAUGAAAUUAUUGAGAGUUGUGGUUCAAUUAAUUGAAGUAUGCAAUGUAGAAUGCACGGUUCCGUGAAGGGAAUAUUGUGCAAUGAUAAAUCAUGACAUGAAGAUUAAUUAAGGCAAGUGAUAAUCCUGCCAAAUGGUUGGUUGAACGCUCUUUGUUUCCUCAUCAAUAUACAUAAGGCAACGAAGGCCAAUAAUUGUGAUUGGAUAA